GACCGGUACCAAACGAUGUAAUCGGUGUUGAAUUAUUUCAACGUGAUAAUGCAAAAGAACAUCAUACAUAUAAAUAUGAAUUAUUGGAAAAAAAUAACCCGGCAUUGGUUAUACGACGUGGUGAUCCAUUUUAUUUGGCCAUCCAACUACGUAAUGUUUAUGAUCAAGAUAAUAAUAAAAUUCGUUUGGAAUUUUUAUUUGGUAAUAAUCCACAAGUUGGCAAAGGUACAUUAAUAUAUUUGCCAAUAA